AUGAGUUUUUUCAGAUCCCUACAAAAUACUCCAAGAGUAGUCACUUUAUUUUCCAACAAAGUUGCCAAUUCAGUAUCUUCUCCGUUACUAACACAAUUGAAGUCUAUUCAAGAAUCUAUCCCAAAAGAUAGUGGCUUCAAGUUUAACAUCGAGGUUCAUACUUCAUUCCCCACAAAAGAGCAAUUAAGCUACAUGGAAGAUGAAUGCCAACCAAAAUCAAUUCUUUCAAAAUACAUUCCAUAUUUGAAGAGAUUGAAAAAUACUCAUGGGAAUAUCGCGAGUGAUGCAUUACUUUCCACUCCUGAAUUAGGUAAGAGCUUUAGUAAAGACUUGAAAACGUUACCCCCAAAUAUUUGGAAGACAAAUGGUGAAUUUUGGGUUGAUUGGGAAAAAAAAACUCUAGGUGACACCGUUGAAAAUUUCAAAUAA